AUGAAUUCACAGAUUCUGAAGAAGAAGAAGAGGAUUCAGAAGACGUCACCGCUCCAGAAGCCCCAAAAAUUUAAAGUUGAACCGAUCGAUUUGGAUGAUGAAGGGGACGUGCAAGUGACUUCUGAAGUCAAGAAGACGUCGUCAGAUGUAGUGGUAAAGAGAGAAGAUGAUGAGGAGUCGGAUAAUAAGGAUAUUCUCGCGCUCCCAACAACUACAGUAAUCAACCGAAAGAAGGUUCUAGCGAAAGCAAACAACGGAGCACUUCCAGAUAACAAAGUGAUCAGUCAGAUGAUCGGAAAGGAGGAUUCAUUGAAGAAAUUCGCAAAGAAAGCGAUGCCAUUCGUCCAGAUGAUCAAAGAGAGAUACGAACAGAAGGGAGUAUCAGCUCUCGCCUCUUCCAGUCCAAUAGAUCAGACUGCUAUCCUCAAUGAGAAUAUUGAUUUCAUUAUGAAUGCUUUGGAUUUGGAUCGUGUCUCUAUCCGACAUACCGAUGAGGAUGGAGUCGACCCGAAUUUUGUGGAGACUACCGUUCCAUUGGUGCCGAUGAUGAGCUUCUUGCCACAGAGGCCAAACGUGAAUCUCAUCUUCCGAAACGUCCAAAUCUGCAAUGCAAUGUUCGACGUGGUCGUUCCGAUUUGCGACGGCGACACUGUUUCGAUGAUCAUCCGGAAGUUGAGACGUAUCAGCAAGGCUAUCAACCGUAAGGCAGACUUCCAACUAAUCGAUUCAUUCAUGUAUUAA